GGAGUAACGCACCAUGCUGUAUUAGGCUCUUUGGAGGCUCUUAAAAUCAGAGUUAUUUAAGGAAUAAAUGAGAACCCUGGCCACAGCCCUGUGGGACACAUCAGAGGAUGUGAUGAAGCGGCUUGAUAUACAGCUCCACAUCCUUACUGAAGACCCCUGCCAAACCAUUGAAUCAGCUCAAAACCUCUGUGAUGCAGCACAGGGAAUGUUAAUACCAGUUAAGUAGUCAGUGCUUUUUAAGCCACUGCUUUGUAUUCAGCUGACAAAGUUAAGUAAGGCAAGGCAAAGCAAAGCAAAGCCAAAAGGCCUGUUGUUCAGAACACUGAGGUAACUUUCUGUGGUGAGAGAGAUUUGUCUGUCUGCUUUAGCAAGCAUUUGUGUAAAAAAUAAUGCUCAAGCAAUACAUUAAUGCAGUGGACAUCAAAGUGGUGUUGGAGGAUGUUUGUUAUCUGACCGUAAAUGUUUCAGACUGAAAGUAGCAUUUUUGGCCAUGAUGUUCCUCUCUCUCGUUCCUCAAAAAAGCCCUGACAGGAUGUUGAGUUUAAGAUAAACAUUGCGUCAUGACUGAAGUCGUUUAAAUUAGUCAGGGUGUUGGUGACUGUUUCAAACCAGCCCCUCCAGCCCUGUGGCACAGCAUCCAUGCAUUACAGGGUGGAGCAGAGAGCGAGGACACUGAGCACACAGAGCCAUGCUGAGAGGGGCGGCCGCCACCAAGGCCCCGCUGGCCAGGGCUGGGGCUUCGGACAGGAGCCAGGUGCCUUCCGCUCUCUCUGCCAACACCAUAAAGCCCUCCCGCCUCCUCAACUCCCAGACCCCUGACCAGCGCUUCGGCAAGAUGAAGAGAGCGAGCAGCGAUGACGCCCUGGUCAAGCCUUCACUUGGCCAAUUCCCACGUUCCCGUAUGAGGAAGACUGUCACGUCAGGAGCCAUUUCUGAUCUGGCUGACCCCAAAACACGCACCGCCACAGGACUCCCAACUAAGAAAUCGGGGAUACCUGCUCCCAAAGAGAUGCCGACCACCGUCUCCAGAGACCGGGUGUCCCUACGCGACCAGCUGAAGGGCACGGCCACCAAAAAGAUGGUCCCCAGCGCCAGCACCUCCAGCCUGUCCACGCUGGCGAAGCGGGGCAUGACGAUCAAGCCUAGGCUGGACGCAGACAGCGCUGACAAAGCCCUCCUGGAGUGCCAGGUGAAGGAGCUCCUGGCCGAGGCCAAAGCCAAAGACUUUGAGAUCACCAAGCUGCGCAUGGAGCUGCAGCGCCACCGGGGCAAAGCGUCGCCUGCCGAGGCCGCUGCCACACCAGAGAGCCCCGCUGAAGGGGAGCAGGCUGCGCCCGCUGAUCCCCAAGCCAUGGUGGGCGAGCUGAAGGAGAAGAACGGGCGUUUCCAGCGGGAGCUCGCCGCCCUGCGGGAUGAAAACCAGGCCCUGAAGGAGAAGCUGAUCUUUCUGGAGAGCAUGCCAUCCGUCCCCAGCAGUGAUACCAACACCACCACCUCGUCCCCCAGCCCAAUGAAGCCCUCUUUCAAUGGCAUCCUCCCUGACAGCACCACCAGCAGCGACACCGGCACCCCGGUCAGCAAAAUCCCACUCAAGACCUCCACGUCGUCUGGCAGUGACAUCACCAAGGGAUCUGCAUCUGCAUCACCCUCCCCGGACUCCUCCGAGUUCGAAAAGAUCCCGUCCCGGUCCGACUCCAUGGGCAGUGUCGGCGAGGGCGCGGGGUGUGUUCGUGGCACCGAGCCGGCAGUGGCCAGGGAGCUGUCGGUGGAGUGCCUGACGGAGAAGAUCCAGCAGAUGGAGGAGAGCCAGCACAGCACGUCGGAGGAGCUGCAGGCCACACUGCAGGAACUGUCGGACCAGCAGCAGGUGGUGACGGAGCUGACGGGUGAGAACGAGCGCCUGGCCGAGCAGAAGCGGCGGCUGCAGGCCUCGCUGCAGGAGCAGCGCGAGCGCGUGGAGCUCAUGGCGCAGAAGAACGAGGCGACGCUGCUGCGCCUCCGCGACCAGCGUGACGAGUCGGCGCGUGCCGGCGAGCUGGAACAGCGCUACAGCGAGCUGGUGGAGAGCUCACGCUUCGAGCGCGAGAAGCUGGUGGACAUCCAGCAGCAGCUGACGGGCAGCCUGCGUGAGCUGGAGAAGGAGCACAAGGAGGCGCAGGCGGACGCCCGCUCCCUCCAAGAGGAGCGCGACCUGCUGCGGGCCGAGCUGGAGCGGGAGAGGGAGGGCCGGGGCGAGGCGGAGAGGGCGGUGGAGGAGCGCGACGGGGCGGCUGAGACGUUGCGGGUGGAGGGGGAGCGUCUGCGGGCGCUGGUGGAGCUGGAGAGGCAGAAGGUGGCGGAGCUGAAGGCGGUGCAGAGCGCCAGCGACAGCACGGAGCUGCAGGGCCUGCUGAAGGCGGCGCACGACGAGAGGGACCAGCUGGAGCUCGAGUGCAGCCAGCUCAGGCAGGAGGCGCAGCAGGCUCAGGCCGAGAAUGACAGAACGCGAGCGGCGCUCUCCAAGGCGGAGGGGGCACUGCAGCAGGUGCUGAAGCAGGAGGAGGAGCAGAAGAGCGUGCUGAGUGGAAACGUGAGCGACCUGCAGGAGCACGUGCAGCAGGCCGAGGCCCAGAUCAAAGACCUGAAGGAGACCAUCUUUGAGCUGGAGGACCACGUGGAGCAGCAGCAGGCUGUGCACCUCCACACCAAACAGACCAUUCUGGACCUGGAAAAUCAGCUGAAGAAGGUGGAGGAACAGAAAAUGGAUCUGGAGAAGCAGCUGAAGGCUAUGAAUAGACAGAUGAAGGAGGACAAGGAGGAGUGGCUGCGCUUCCAGGCGGACCUGCAGACGGCCGUGGUGGUGGCCAAUGACAUCAAGGUGGAGGCGCAGCAGGAGGUGCGGGCACUGCGGCGCCACCUGCAGGAGGAGCAGGAGCGCAGCGGGCGUCUGGCCAGCGAGCUGGAGCAGCUGCAGAUGGGCAGGUUACAGAGUGAUGAGAUGAAUGUGCCCAAACCGGAGGAGAGAGAACAGUGGUGUGGGAUCCCCAUGAUGACCCAGAACACGCCGGCCAGCAUCGAUGGGAGCGAGAGCAGCAGCAGCAGUAGCAGCCAGGCCAAGAUAGCCGCCUCGGUCAAAUCCCUCAUUAAAUCCUUCGACCGGCCGUUGGACAAUGGUCCUGCUAAAGCACUGAAAGUCAACCUCUCCACCCGCAGCCCCUUGAGUGGGAUACCUGUCAGCACGUCCCCCUCUGCUACAGUGCAUCCUACUCAGAGGCACACAAUCAAGCCACUGUCAAAGACCACACCAAGAAAGGUCAACUUCUCUCACCCAGACCCCCUCUCAAGCCCCGGUGAUGAACUGAAACCUGCCUCUUUCAUGAGAAAGAGCCCCUCGCUGGAGUCUGUGAUUAAGAGUCCAGCAGCUCUGUGCUGUUCAAUGGGCUCGUAUAGCUAUACAUGGGACAACAGUAAGCUCAGAGCGGAAAGAAAAGACCCCUUGGCCGCUCUGGCGCGGGAGUAUGGCGGAUCAAAGAGAAACGCUCUACUGAAGUGGUGCCAGAAGAAAACAGAGGGCUAUCCGAAUAUUGACAUGACCAACUUCAGCAGCAGCUGGAGCGAUGGCUUGGCCUUCUGUGCUCUUCUUCAUUCCUACCUGCCGGCCCACAUACCCUACCAAGAGCUCAUCAAAGAGGAUAAGGUCCGAAACCUGACUUUGGCGUUCCAGGCAGCAGAAAGCAUUGGCAUCAAAGCCUCCUUGGACAUUGAUGACAUGAUGCACACGGACAGACCGGACUGGCAGAGUGUCAUGCACUACGUGUCUCAGAUUUACAAGUAUUUUGAGACUUGACCUUUGACCUGAGAAGAAUCACAAGAGACUGGAGGCACAGAAGCACUUUCUUUCUGGUCCCAUGAACACACUGAACCUCUGCACACACACACACACAAACACACAAACCCAGUGCAUACACAAACAUUCAAACGCAAUUUGUUAUUGCACUCUUUCUUUCUUUUGAUCUUUUCGCGUGUUGGUCUAACUGUCACAUACAAGACAACAAUUGUUAUUCAUAUCAUAUUCAUUUUUCAAAAUCAUCUCUAGGUGGGACACCGACGAUGCCAUAACACCCAAUGAUGCCACAUUAAAAUUGUCAUUAAAACUGUGCUUGGAAGUUUUUAAGGUUUAUUUAUGGGGGAAAAAAUGUUUCAACCAACCACCUUUGAAUGCAAACAUUACUCACAUGGUAUUAGCUCCAGUAUUUCAACGUCACAGCAGUUGAGUUACUACGCACGAGAAAGAGGAGGAAGAGCCGGCAUGAGUCACGUCACGCCUUGAAUACCAGUGGCUCAAACAGAGCCAGCUAGCAGUCACUGUUGUAAGAAUAAUAGUGUUGUGGUCAAAGAUUAGGUUUCUGUGGUUUUAGAUCCAUUUUAAAUCAAUGUAGAUAAGGUAUACCGUAACCAUUCUCUGUAUAUAUUAUUUGUCAUGUUUUACAUUUAUUUGAUGGAAUCAUGGAAACAUCUCCUAAUUCUCAUCUUCCAUGGCUGUAUCUAAAGGAUUGUCAUUAUUUAUUGAUGAAAUAUUGAACUAGAAUUUGAAGCAAAGUGUGUAUAUUUUCUAUUUGCAAGUUGGGUUUUUACUAUAAAUGUGAACUAACUGAAAAUGAGUAUUCAUAAUAAAGUUUUUUGUCACUCCAAAA